GCCAGUGUGUUUGUGGCGGAGAAACGCGACAGAAGGGUACGUUGCAGAGUGCGAAAACGAUCUUAGUGUUUGGGAGGGAGUGAAGUGCUUCUUGCCUUGGACUGUGGUAAACGAGUCAUUUAUUAAUCAGUCAUAAUAUCUGACAACGGUCACCCCGAGUCCAGCAGGUAACGCAGACGACCAAAAGACUUCAGGAUGGCUCCAAACGAAACCGCAGAGCAGAUGACCCAUCUUCGGAGGACGUAUAACCCUAAGUCUCUUGAGCACGACACUCCCUCUCAACACCCGGUCGAGGUUGGGCGCUGCCACCAGGUUCUGGACACCAAGCAGGCAGACCUUCGCAGUCUCGAUCAUGACACCAGAGCCAAGUCACAGGGGCCACCGAACACAGAUGAGAUGCUUGCAAAGUUGAAGUCUAAUGGAAUCAAAGCUGCUGCUCUCACAUUGUUUCUGCACUUCUACGGAAAUCAAAGUGUGCUCGGCCAAAUGAAGAAGGACCCGAGAGUUGACUCCUGGUUCUAUUCUUCCCCGACUCCCACCUUACUGAUAUCCCUCGCCUACAUAGCCGGCGUCACCUACAUCGGACCGCGCCUGAUGCGAGGCCGCGAAACCCCCAAGUGGCUCCGGGGAACGAUGGUGUUUUACAAUAUUGUGCAGGUUGUGUUUUGCAGCUGGAUGUUCUGGGAGGCAGGUGUAGCUGGCUGGUUUGGCUCCUACUCCUUCAUCUGUCAACCCUGCGACUUCAGUAACAGCCCCUCCGCCCUCAAGAUGCUUCGUGCUGCCAUCUCUUACCACGCAUCCAAGUUCCUUGACUUCUUCGAUACUAUCUUCUUCGUCCUGAAUCACAAGUACACCCACGUCUCCCUACUCCACGUAGCUCAUCAUGCCCUCAUGCCCAUCGGUUUAUGGUACGGCGUCCGACACGAGCCUGGUGGUCAGACCACGUUCUUCGGCUUCCUGAACGGUUUCAUCCACAUUGUGAUGUACACGUACUACCUGCUGGCAGCCAUGGGUCCUCGCGUGCGACCCUUCCUGUGGUGGAAGAAGUACCUCACCACCCUCCAGAUGGUGCAGUUCAUUACCAUGUUCGUCCAUUCCCUACAGAGUCUUGUAUUCGGGUGUCCGGCUGGUCUUCCUCUUAUGAAAAUCAUCAUGGUCAUGGCAGCGAUUUUCCAGGUGCUGUUUACAGAUUUCUACAUCAAAGCUUACAAAACCAGAACCAACAAGGCGGCGUCCAAGGCCAACUAGUCACUGCCGAUUUGUCCCGAUAUUGGGAAUGAUGGAACAGCGGCACCGGAUCCCGGAUGAGGAUCAGGGUUUAUACAUGACUUCUGUCCAGGUCUCGUGAAGAGCUGGCAAGAUCCCACAGCAAAGCAACGAAAUGUGAUGAAUGUUAGUAAUCUGAUUUACAUAACUGCACAUUAUAAAAUGCAUGUUUUUCAAGUACUAUUUUUAUAUGAAACUAUUUCUGAAAUAUUUUCUCGUUGCUUUAACAGGCGAGAAUCUACCAGGAAAAUUAUAAAAAAAAAAAAAAAGGAUCCCAAUACAGGUUACUGUUUAGAGGUGUGGUGAUGAUUCCCUUUCAACUGACUGAGCUGCAGAAUAGACAAUAUAUAGCACAGGAAUGCAAGUUAAAAGCAUAAAUAAUGAAGGAUUGAAAUCACUCGCUUAUAUAAAGCUGAAGUACAAAGGACUCGAAAUGUCCAUGAAACGCUUCAUUACCAAAA